AACUCAUCGUCUCGACUACUUUUUUCAUUCUUUCUUAUACAUUUUAUAUGACACCUCGUAUAUCACAGUCUAUUGUUAUACUUUCGGGCGUUUUGACAGCAGCAAUACCAAUCCUUCUACAGAAACAACCAACAGACCCGUGCGACUUCGACGCUCUCGUCCUGCUCGAAGAAGAAGAAACAGAACAGCACCCGAAGACAAUGAGACGAUAAUGUCCGAUACAGAAGACAAUUUAGACAACCGGAAGAUGCUUUCACUAUUUAAGGAAUGGGGAGACGAUGACAAUCGCAACUUGUUGAAUCUAUUACAUGCUAUUUCUGAAAACCAGUCUCGGAAAGAGGGCUUCAUUCAUCGUGGUAUUACAUGCAACAAAUGCAACAUGUCACCUAUACGAGGUGUUCGGUACAAGUGUGCGAAUUGUGUAGAUUUUGAUCUAUGCGAGAUGUGCGAAGGAUCCAACACGCAUGUAAAUACACACGUGUUCCUUAAGAUCCGUAUUCCCAUUCCACCCCUAGCCAAUCCUCGAAGUGCUUUAUUACCAGCAUUUUAUCCAGGUAAACACCACAACAAACCACCCCUUACUACCGAGAAAUACCGAGAAUUACAGCAUACAUCGCAUUUUGACCAAGUAGAAUUAGAAGCACUGUACGAACAAUUUAAAUCGCUCUCGACUGUCGAUGGAGAUGAGGGUGGCAUUGACCGAGAAACGUUUGAACAAUGCCUCGGUCCUUUAGGACUUGAAAAGAACCUGAUUACAGAAAGAAUAUUUGCAUUUUUUGAUCAAGAUGGAGACAACAUCAUCAGUUUCCCUGAGAUUGUUGCUGGUCUUAGUGUGCUCUGCAAAGGCAAUUUAGAUGAAAAGAUAGAGUAUGCAUUCAAAGGCUAUGAUUUGGAUGAAGAUGGCUAUAUUUCUCGGGACGAACUGUUUCGUAUGUACAAAUCGUAUUUCUAUCUAUCUAUGGAACUCGUACGCGAUGUGGUGAGUGCUAUGGAAGAUGAAAUGAUGGACACUUUUGAAUUUUCUGCUUCACAACCUGUGAGUGCUGCAUUUAAUGUGGCUAUGCCAUCCACUCCCUCCGACAGAAACAACAGUGAUGAAAGUGAGGAAGAGACAGCAGGACCCUCCAAUAAAAGACUUAGAAAUAGACGAUAUCCAUUAAAAGAGGACCAUUUCCUACGACAAUAUGCUAUUGAGGCAGAACAAGCAAGAGCACUCUCGAACGCAUCAGAAGCACAAAUGAAUGCCAUGACAGAUGGCGCAUUGCGAUCCGACAGUCAACGACUGGAUCUAUCUAAACGUUAUACAGACGAACAAGAAGAUCAAAAAAAGCAACCACAGGGCAAGAAGGCUUGGGAAGAAAAGUUCCCUAUCAUGGAGACCAUGUCUCAAGGUGCUAUUAAUGAAAUGGUAGACAAGACAUUCAAGAGCAUCAAGACAGAAAAAGAAGGAUACAUUAAUUUUAAAGAGUUUAAAGAAUGCGUUCAAUCUGACUCGAGUAUUGUGAGUUGGUUUGAAGCAUUAGGCACUGUAUUUUAA